AUGGCUCGUGUGAGGAACACAGCUUCUGCCAAGGAGCUCGGGAAGUGUUUGCAAGGUAACCUUCCGAGUGGUUUGGAUGAGGACCUUUUCAUGGAUCCCAGCAUAGAUUCCAUUUGCCAGAAGCUGGAAGGGCUGUUGGAGGAUAUGUUUGUGCUGACCCUGCGGCCUACUGUGAGCAUCCUGACUGAGGCCAUGGUGUUGAAGUAUGAGGUUAGCAAAUCCCAGGUGAAGCCCUUUGCCCAGGCCAUCGUGAACUGCUACAGUCAUGUUCGUGAGAAGUCGUACUCCACUUCAACGGGCAAAAAGUUGCAUCCAUCGGUGGCCAAGCUUGUUGGUGUCAUGAGGAGGCAGCAAGGAAAACCCAUGCAUCAGAACUCGAGUGGCAGCCUGGGAUCAAGUUCAUCACCCGCAUCGACCCGAGCAGGCUCGCCAGGCAUGUUAAAGGCGGAUAAGUCGCCUCCUGCGAAGGAGGAAAAAUCGCCUGCUGCAAAGGAGUCGCCUCCUGAGGUAGCUAGCGAGGCUGAGUCGCCUCCUGCGAAGGAGGCUAAGUCGCCUCCUGCGAAGGAGGCGAAAGCAGAAUGCAUCUUCCAGUUGUAUGGAGUUUCGUCCUUGUUGGUUUCGCCUGUGAAGAAGAGGAUGCCAGAAGCAGAGAUGGCCCAAGUCGUAGACUCCAGUUCGGACGACGAGGUCGCUGCCCCUUCCAUGCCUCGUGAGGGCAAAGCAAAACCGCAGACCGAGCUCGACCUCUCCAAGGCAACCUUCGAUCCAUCCAAAGGAAAGUAUGUGGUGUUGCAGGGAUCCCUUUCCAUUUACUCGGAGCCCUUGCAGAAAGGGCCAGAUGGUUUCUGCAUCACCCACUUCAAAGGUGGGCCCGAAUUCAAGACUGAGGUCCCGAACUUGUGGUUGGAUCCGAAGCCUAAGAAGUCCAUGAAGAGGCCUGCUGCAGCCCCUGCAUGUGCACCUUUCAGGAGGGCGGCUCAAUCAGGCCGUGGCUGUGCCACGAAGGCGGAAGGGGCAGACCUUUGGCUGACGGUGGCUCGCUCAGAGCUGGAAGAAACCGUCUCUGCAGUCGCCGGGGAAUUUCGGGCGGGGACCGUGUUGAUUACACGAGUUUGCUGCGUACUAGUGGCUUCCGUAGUGACACUAGGCGCAUACGUCCUGUACGCCAGGACUCUCCGGUCCGCGAAGAUGAUGCUGCGACUCAGCGGCCAAGAGCCUGAAGCCAACGUCGAGGCUGAAAUGGCUGUUGUGUUUCGACCGGAACCAAGUUCAGUGUACUGCCGCGCCGGGUUGAGGUUGGGUGAUCUUACUGGUUCCGAAAAUCAAGAGAUCGCAAGGAAGAUUGGUUCGGUGUUGGACAGCAUUGAGGGCAGUGGUCAGGCAGGAAAGGCGACUGGGCUGAACAGUCCAGCACGUGCUAUCGUUCAUCGAGUGUCUGCUGGCCGUGGGUUCUCUCACGAGACUUCCGAAGAUAAGGGUGAAAUGCUUCUUUUCCAUGUUGAAAAGGCGCCCUUAAGGAGUCGUGUGCCGGCUGUGACGAUUGCUGCUACAGCCCCGACUACCCCGCGUCGCCUUGCGCUAUCCUUGCCGCCUAGGAGCAACCGUGAUGCUCCUGCGCUCGAAGGCGCGAGUCCCUCAGUCUCCGCCGGUGCCAUCUCCCCAGCCACCGCAGUGUCAGGCGGUACACUGUUUGAGCUCCGUAAAGAGCUAGAGCGGUCUGAGACAAGGACAGCAGGCCUUCAGACACAGCUCAGGGCACAGCACGUUCUUUGUCAAGCCUCACAAAAUAAGGCUCCCACAACGGGGUAUGACGCCGGCGUCGCGUCUGUUGCGCUUCUCCCAGACAGUGAAUGGCUCAGCAAGGCUGUCGUUGACAUCUCACCGUCUACGAGUGAUUCGGGUCCAAAUGUGAUCAUGGCUACAGCCUAUACGUAUGACUGUGACCAAGUGACACCGGCGCUGUGCGCCGCGGCAGAAGCCGGGACUAAGGUUCUCUUGCUGGUGGAUGAGAAAAACAGUCGGCCGUGUAAUGAUACGCUGCCACGUUUGCAAAGCUUGAGAGAGUCCGGUGUCGAGGUCCAUGUUAUAUCGGGGAAGCCGUUGUCGCUCAUUUACCCCCGACAAACGGGUUGGUCCGGCGCGCUCCGCGCAAAAACACUUCUAGUGGACCGUGGACCAACCACGAGCAUCUACGCCGGGUCGCACAACUACACCCGAGCCAGUAGGUGCAAUUUUGAAAUGGUCAUGCGCUACGAAACAGCAGAGGCCGAGGGAGAUCCUCGCGUAGAGACCGACAAGGCCUGGUUCUCUGACAUGUGGGAUCGUUCGAGUUGGAUUUCGAGCCGAGGCGUAGGCGUCGCGAGAAAGGACCGCCCAAGGGGCCGGAUCGUGCAUCCUCGAGCUGAGCUGAGCGCGUAUAUGAGCAGGUGGUAG